AUGAAAACAAAUGAAGAAAUAAGAAAUGGACUAUUAGAACAAAGACUAGAAUUUAUGGAAUUUGAUAAUUUUGAAUAUGAUGAUAUAAAUGAUUAUAGAGAAGAAGAAGAUGAUGAUGAUGAUAUUGGAGAAGAAGAAAUAGAUAAAGAAAUUAAAGAAAGAUUAAGUAAUAUUAAAGGAGAGAAUCAAAUUAAAAGAGUUCAUCGACAAAUAUUCUUUUAUUAUAAUAGUUUUAAUAUUAUUAUAGGGAAACAAGGAGCAGGGAAAACAACAUUUAUUAUGAAAGAAUUAGCGAAACUCAACAAAAUAGAACACCAAUAUGAAGCGAUUAUAUACGUAUCACAAAACGCAGGAGAAGAUGAAACAUUUAAAGAAUUAAAAGAUUUAAUUAAAACACCAAUUUAUGGAAUGAAUUAUGAAAAAUUUAUGCCAGCAUUAAUGCAAUAUUAUAAACAACCACAAGAAAAACAUUUAUUAAUCAUAUUAGAAGAUGCAUCAUUUGCAUUAAUGAAAGAAGAUAAAACAUGGGGAGAAAUUAUUACAAGAUUAAGACAUUUAAAAACAACAAUUAUUGUGAAUUUACAUAUUUGGAAAGCAUUAAAUCCAUCAUUUAAAACACAAAUUGCAACAAUUAUUAUAUUUAAAGGAUAUUCUAAAGAAAAUUUUGGAUAUAUUUAUAGACAAACAGCAGGAUCAGCUACAAAUUCUGUUGCUUAUUAUUUAUAUCAAUCUAUAAAUCAAAAUGAAGUAUUAAAAAUAGAUAAUUUAACAGGAGAUUUAAGAAUUAUAAAAAGAUAA